CAGAAAGCAAUUGAAGCAAAUGAACGAGCAAGAGCACAUAUGCAGGCAUUUAUUGAUAAGUUCCGGUACAAUGCAAAGAGGGCAUCUCUAGUUCAGUCUAGGAUCAAGGCAUUAGAUCGCUUGGGUCAUGUAGAUGAAAUUAUUAAUGAUCCUGAUUACAAAUUUGAGUUUCCAACUCCAGAUGAUAGGCCUGGCCCUCCCAUAAUAAGUUUCAGCGAUGCCUCAUUUGGUUAUCCUGGGGGGCCCAUAUUGUUUAAGAAUUUGAAUUUUGGAAUAGAUCUAGACAGCCGUAUUGCAAUGGUUGGGCCAAAUGGCAUUGGGAAAUCAACGAUACUCAAACUAAUUUCUGGUGAGUUACAACCAAGCUCAGGGACAGUUUUUCGUUCGGCUAAGGUUAGAAUUGCUGUGUUUAAUCAGCACCAUGUUGAUGGAUUGGAUCUUUCUUCAAAUCCUCUUUUAUAUAUGAUGCGCUGCUACCCUGGGGUACCUGAACCGAAGCUCCGUGCUCACCUUGGUUCUUUUGGUGUAACUGGCAAUCUUGCACUUCAGCCAAUGUACACUUUAUCUGGUGGACAAAAAAGCAGAGUUGCAUUUGCAAAGAUAACUUUCAAGAAACCGCAUAUUCUAUUGCUUGAUGAGCCAUCAAAUCAUCUAGAUUUGGAUGCAGUGGAGGCGCUAAUUCAAGGUCUUGUCUUGUUCCAAGGGGGCAUUCUCAUGGUCAGUCACGAUGAGCAUCUUAUAUCUGGAAGUGUAGAGGAGCUAUGGGCGGUAUCAGAUGGCAAGGUGGCACCUUUCCGUGGUACAUUCCAGGACUACAAGAAGUUGCUCCAGUCUCGUUAGAGUUCGGAGGACAACUUAUUUCUCGUUGUGGUAUGGUACCGCAUGUGCACUAAACUAAAGCUAAGAUUUCUUGAGUUGUUACAGAAUACAAAUGUUAUUUGGUUUUCGUGCUUAUGCCUAUGGAAAUUAAUUAUUGAUUUUUUCCCCUGUUCGACAGAGGGAAAAUGUAUUCCCAUAAGAUGGUAAUUUACAAAUACCUGCACCCGUUUAAUGGUUGGAGUUAUAUUAUGCUUAUCACCAAUACCA